CCGGUUAAAGUUUUAACAAGAAAAAAAUAAUUAAAAAAUGAGAGAUCGAAAACAUAAAAAGAGCACCAAACCCAAACCAAAGUAGAAACUGACAGCAUCUCUCCGUAUCCAAAAAGAGCACACACAAAAAAAAAAAACACCACAGACCAAGAAACAGUCACCGGAAAAUGCUGACGUGUAUAGCUCGUUCGAAGCAAGCCGGCGAUGAAUCUUCUGGUCAACCGGACGAUCCGGAUUCCAAGCACGCCAAAUCUCUAACAUCUCAGCUCAAAGAUAUGGCUCUCAAAGCUUCCGGUGCUUACCGGCAUUGUACGCCGUGUACGGCGGCGCAGGGGCAGGGGCAGGGGCCGAUUAAGAACAGUCCGGUGUCGGCAAAGUUGGAUUUCGAAUCGGAUCAACGGUUUAAGAUGCUGUACGGAAGAUCAAACAGCUCGAUUACAUCGACGGCGGCGGCGGCGGCGACAGCGACGCAACAGCCUAGGGUUUGGGGAAAAGAGAUGGAGGCGAGGCUAAAAGGAAUAUCAAGCGGCGAGGCGACUCCGAAAUCGGCGAGCGGGAGAAACCGGGUCGACCCGAUUGUGUUCGUGGAGGAGAAAGAGCCAAAGGAAUGGGUUGCUCAGGUGGAGCCCGGGGUUCUCAUCACCUUCGUCUCUCUUCCCGGCGGUGGCAACGAUCUCAAGCGGAUUCGUUUCAGCCGAGACUUGUUCAACAAGUUACAAGCUCAACGAUGGUGGGCAGAUAACUACGACAAAGUAAUGGAACUUUACAACGUUCAAAAACUAAGCCGCCACGCUUUCCCGCUUCCCACGCCGCCUAGAUCCGAAGAAGAGAAUGCAAAAGGGGAGUACCAUCCAGAGGAUACUCCCGCAACACCUCCUCUAAACAAAGAACGGCUGCCUCGUAACAUCCACCGUCCAGUUGGAUUGGCGGCUUACUCAUCCUCGGAUUCACUCGACCAAAGUUCGACGCAGAGCCAGCAGUUUUACGACUCUGGUCUACUCAGCUCAACGCCUAAACUUUCAAGCAUAAGCGGAGCCAAGACGGAAACUUCUUCCAUGGAUGCUUCCAUAAGAAGCAGCUCGUCUAGAGACGCAGACCGGUCAGAGGAAAUGUCGGUAAGCAACGCGAGCGAUGUUGAUCAGAACGAAUGGGUGGAGCAAGACGAGCCUGGCGUUUAUAUCACCAUUAAAGUCUUACCAGGAGGGAAAAGAGAGCUUAGAAGAGUCAGAUUCAGCCGAGAGAGAUUCGGGGAGAUGCACGCGAGGCUAUGGUGGGAAGAGAACAGGGCAAGGAUACAUGAACAAUACUUGUGAUCAUCGUUUUAUAUAUAUAUAUAUAUAUAUAAUCUCUGGUCUCGAUGCAUCAAAACGGUUUUGUGUUUUUUUAAUUUCUCAUUCUCGGUAUACCGUUUUUUUAAAGAAAAAAUUUAUUCCAGCUGAAGUAAAAUUCUUAUCUUUUUUUUUUUUCCGAAGAGAAAUCCUUCCACAAGG